AUGUCAGUGUUGAUCGAGACGACGCUCGGCGCGCUCGUGCUGGACUUGUUCGUGGAAGACUGUCCCAUUGCGUGCACGAAUUUCCUGAAACUGUGCAAGACCAAGUACUAUCAUGGCUGUUUAUUUUUCAAUGUGCAGGAGAAGUUUAUGGUGCAGACGGGGGACCCCACAGCCACGGGCAGCGGGGGGGUCUCUAUUUAUGGCAAAUUGUACGGUCCCCAAGCGCGCUUUUUCGAGGACGAGUUGCCACAUACAAGAGGCCGGUCCCACAAAGACCGGAGCGGAUUGGUUGGAAUGGCGUCUGGAUCGGCCAAUCAGAAUGCGUCUCAGUUUUACCUAACCACACGAGCCGACGAUAUGGCAUAUCUGGAUGAAGAACACACUAUUUUUGGCGAAGUGGCCGAAGGGAUGGACGUGCUGGACCAAAUUAACGCUCUAUUUGUGGACAAGGACUAUCGACCGUAUCAGGAUGUGCGGAUCAAGCACACGUACGUGUUAGAUGACCCGUUUCCGGAUCCAAAAGGACUGGACGAGCUCGUUCCGCCCUUGUCGCCAAGUCGUGAAAAGCCGGAAGAAGAACAGGUGGAGUCCCGACUUGCAGCUGACGAAAAAUUGGACGAGAAUGAAGGACGGACGGAAGCGGAGAUUGAAAAGGCGGUGCGGGAGAAAGAAGCCAAGUCCCGAGCGGUGGUGCUCGAGAUGAUUGGCGAUUUGCCAGAUGCUGACGUCAAACCUCCAGAAGAAGUGCUGUUUGUGUGCAAGUUGAACCCGGUGACGGAGAGUGGCGAUCUUGAUAUGGCUUUUUGCCGAUUCGGGCAGUGCAAAGCCGAGGUCAUUCGAGACCAGAAGACGGGCGAUUCGCUGUGCUUUGCCUUUGUCGAGUUUACUGAUCGACGGCAUUGCGAAGAAGCUUAUUUCAAGAUGAACAAUGUCUUGCUGGAUGAUCGUCGCAUUAAGGUGGACUUUAGUCAGUCGGUGUCCAAGUUAUGGAACAAAGUCAAGCGGCGACCGUGGGAGAAGACGAGCAAGCGUGAUGGGGAUGCGGUUGCUACUGACAGGAACGAAGGUGGACGUGGGAACAAAUGUGGUGCUGGUGGUGGCGGUAGAGGACGGCGUGAGCUUGGCGGUAACUUGAGGGUCAAGUCGCGUGGUGUGGAUGACUUCAAGCUAGUGGAGGAAGAAGAAGCCGUGUCAGCUUUGCGCCGAUUGAAGCCAGCAUCUGCUCGCGAGAAACGCCGGCUAAGUCGUAGUCCGGAUAGACGUGGUGAAAGGGACUCUUUGUCUCGGUCGAAGCGAGGAACGAGUCGCAGUCAUGACCGACGCAGUAAUCGGCGUCGAAGUGCCAGCCGCGAUCGAUCCGAGCGACGACACCGAAACCGAAGUCGGGGAAGAAGUCGGAGUCAGUGUGUGAGCAGCAGUCGCAAGUGGGACCGAAGUCGUGAUCGAGGUCACCGCUCUCGACGGUAG